UCGUUUUCCCCGGCACAGAAUCGGAAGUUCUGGGCUGCAGUUGCGUGGAAAUGGGCACUGGUGGGCGGAGUGGGCUACGACCGGGAAAGGGGACCGCGGAAGGGGUGACAGCGGGCAAAGGGAACACGGAUGGGGUGGCAACGACUACUACUGCUACUGCUGCCGUGGGCUCCUGCCAGUACAGGUGCAUCGAAUGCAACCAAGAGGCUAGUGAGUUGUACCGAGACUAUAACCACGGCGUGCUGAAGAUAACCAUCUGCAAAUCCUGUCAGAAACCUGUAGACAAAUAUAUUGAGUAUGAUCCUGUUAUCAUCUUGAUUAAUGCUAUUUUAUGCAAAGCCCAGGCCUACAGGCAUAUUCUUUUCAAUACUAAAAUAAACAUGCAUGGAAAACUCUGCAUAUUUUGUUUGCUUUGUGAAGCAUACCUGCGAUGGUGGCAGCUUCAAGAUUCAAACCAGAACACUGAUCCUGAUGACUUCAUCAGAUAUGCCAAGGAGUGGGAUUUCUAUAGAAUGUUUGCAAUUGCUUCUCUAGAACAAACUGCCUUUUUUAUUGGCAUUUUUACUUUCCUGUGGGUAGUGCGACCUAUGACAGCGAAAAAAAAACCCAACUUCGUUUUGCUGCUGAAAGCAUUGUUAUUGUCGAGCUACGGAAAACUCUUGCUGAUUCCAGCUGUCAUUUGGGAACAUGACUACACACCCCUGUGCCUCAGACUCAUUAAAGUAUUUGUCCUUACAUCAAACUUUCAGGCAAUUAGAGUGACCCUAAACAUCAACCGAAAGCUCUCCUUUUUGGCCAUCUUGAGUGGCUUACUGCUGGAAAGCACCAUGGUCUACUUCUUCCAGAGGAUGGAAUGGGACAUUGGAAGUGAUUGUGCCAUCUAUAAACCUCAAGACUUUUGAAGAGGCAUGUUCCUACCCACAUUCUACUGGAGUCUUCUUCUCAUCUCCAGAUAUGUCUUAUGCUCUUCCCAGGCCCUGAGUGGCCUCUUCUCCGCCUAACCAGAUAGUCACCUUUGCUUCUCUGUGGAAUGAAGACUUUCCAAAAACUCAAGUCUGUGUGCUCAUUCCUUCCCUGGAUCUCCCAGUGCCCAGCUCAACACCACAGCAGUCAUGUGUCCUGGAUCUUCUGAGACUGUCCCAGAGCCAGAUACUUUGCCCCCGCUUCCAUAAGCCUUCUCCCUGUCAAGCUACCCAUUAUAGUUUCUGGUUAGGAAAAUAAGGUCAUCUGUCUAACAGCCAUUUGAAAACCAUUAUCCUCUUUUAUGUUAUCUCAUGUUUUAUACUUGUCUGUGUCUUCUAUUAAAAUUCCAUGUGUUGGGGCCAGCCCGGUGGCACAGCGCUUAAGUUCACACACUCAACUUUGACAG